AUGAUAACAAUGUUUACGAGUGUUUGCCAUCAAAUAUUGUUACAAAGUUCGCCGUUUCAUGAUUCUACGAAAAAACCAUUGAGUACAUUAUUAAAUGAUAUGACACGUUAUGUAGCCACAUAUAAUUUAGAAGCCGAUGAUGAAUCAAUUGUAUUUGGCCUUCAACUUCUUCUAUUAAAUGACAAUGAAAGAAUAAGGGCGGCAGCAUUACGAGCAUUUCGUUACUCUAUUCAUCGUUUAAUUAUACUCGAAAAAUUUCUUGAAUAUCGGCUUGAUUAUCUUGUAGUUCGUUCAUUAAUAAUUGAUUCACGUCAGCCAUCUGGUCGUGAUAGUCGUGAACGUUUAGAAUCAUACAAAUUAGUUCGUCGUCUAUUUCAUUUAUAUCCUGCUCGUUUUCCUAUUUCGUUCAUUUAUGCUAUCGAUUCCAUAAUCAAUUAUUCUAGUCAGACCAGUGAUAAUAGAAAGAACAAAACAAAUGUCCAAUUACAACAACAACCAGUGAUACGGCCAGAUCAAUUGGUUAAAUGUUGUCUUGAACUUUUAUGUGAAAUAGCCCUUCAUAAUCCUUAUAUAUUACAUGAAUGCAGUACAUUUCAUACAAUGUUACGCUAUAUUACAGAUUACGAACAAGAAGAAUUAAUUGAAAGUGUUAUCUAUUCUGUAUUACAUGCUGUUGACAGAUUCAGUAUUAAUGAUAAUAGUGAGCCAACAGUAGUCGAAUCGAUGGAUCUCUCAAUGCAAGGUCCAGGAUUGAUAUUCGUUGACGAAGGAAUGCAAAAACGACAUGAGCUAAUUAAAAAUAUAUUUAGUGAACUUGUUGCCGUGUUUUCAUUGUGCGAAAAAGGUGUGUUAAAAACAGCCGAUAGACGAGGAAUGACACCCACAAUGCAUGAAAAUUUGAAGUUUAAAGAAGUCGACAAAAAUCAACAAUUGAAAUCGUGUAGCACAGCAUUAAAAACUGUACUAAGAAGUUGGAUAGGUUUUACGGCGUUUUGUCAACCAAGUAAUUCAUCAGUUCGAUUGCUAGUGAAUUGUCUAUUAGUGCAAUCAGAACCUAUGAAGAUGUGUAUUAUCGAUUUAUUUUAUGAUUUAUUAAAUCUCGAUAUUCCGUCCGUUUGCGAUAAUUAUGAAUCGGCCUUAUCAUCAAUGUAUCAAGUAUAUAAUUUAACAAAUGCCGAAGAAGGCUUUACUUAUGUUGCCAUGGAAGGUGCAUGCAAAUUACCACGCUUAUCAUCUACACGACCGAAUCUGCUUGACAGCCAUAUGGCUCUUAUGCUAUUAACAUUCAUUGAUGCUGGCUUUAUUGAGGCCAUUAGUGAAAUUGCGUCGAGUGACAAUACAAUUUUAGCAGUUCGAAGCACAUUGUUAAUGGCAAAUUUUAUAUGGCUUUGUAAUGAACAUCUACCAGAAGAACAAAGUUUUCUUUUAUUACCGUUAAUUAUGGAUAUUGCGAUUGCUGAUGAUGAUAGUAUUAAACGAAGUUUUGCAAAAGAAGCGGUGUUAAAUAUAAAUGCAUUUUUUGAAUGGAAACAACGUACAAAAAACACUUACUCAUUUCAAUUGGCACAAUUAAUUGAACAUGCUCAUCAAUCACAAUUUUAUUAUAUAAAUGAAAAGAAUUAUAGUAGAAAAAUGUCAACAAACAAUGUAACAUCAGAUGAUCCAUUAGCGGCAGAAAGAUUAGACAAUGAUGUUAGAGAUACGAACACAUUACAAACACAUGAUUUUCGAAAGUGGAACUGGGACUUGAUUUUAGCUUUAUUAAAGGAUUUUCCCAAGCAAUCUGGUCAAGUGCAGGGUGACUUAUAUGAACGUUUUUUGGAUAAAAUAUUUGAUUUUUUUAAACCAGAACAACGUGGAUUUUCCGAUAUAAAAUUAACUGAUUCAUUAUCGAACAUAACAUGUCGAAAUCUUCUGGCAUUUGCCGAUUUACUUGUUUAUCCAAAAUCAUCACAAAACGAUAUUAAAUAUAUUGCUAGUAAUAUAGUACGAACUCUGCUAGAAAAUAUAAGCAAUGCCCUAUAUCAAUCUAUAAAUGCAGUCAGAGAUGGCGGCAUUCGUCCUUUAAUUGGUGAUCAUGACUUAAUAGUGACAAAUUGUGUCUAUUAUUAUUUGUUUAUUGGAAGAAUCAGUGGAACAUCAAUUGGAAUGCAAGCGUUGGAUGAAUGCGAUAUAUUUAAACGUUUAUCUGAAAUGGUUACAUUAGACGAUGAAUUUGCUACCUCCGUGAUUGUUGCUUUAUCCUCAUUUAAUUACUAUGUUGAAAGUCCAUGUAGAGAGUUUUUAUUACAAGCACUAAACUCUUCGUGCACGGCAUUAAGACUGUAUGCAACAAGUUUACUUCGUGUUUUAUUACGCUGUAAUACAAAAGAAUUUGGACAAUGGGGCAUCGAUAUUCUUUGCUCAAAAUUAGCUGAUGCAAAUCAAUCGGUUAUUCUAGAAGCAGUUCGAAUACUUGACGAAGCAUUAGAGGAUAAACAACUCGUCUAUAUGUUUUUAAACCAAUGGGAAUCGUUUAGAUUUAUGAAAAAUGAACCCAUAUUAUCUUCGUAUUAUCAUUUAGCUGGUGGUCGUUUAUGUUCACUUCGCUUUAAAUUAAAUGAUUUGAAACAUGAUUCUCUACUAAAAAUAAUCAAAGACGAAUUAGUAUACUGGGACAAUUAUUUUAAUUCUCAUUACGUAACAUUGAUGGAAAAUGUUCUAUUUUCAUCAUACAGUGGCGGUGCAUUGUUAACAAAUGAUUAUUUUGAGCGACGGAAAUCAUCGACGUACGGACAAAAACGUAAAAUAAUCGAUGCUCACGCACUACCACAUUUAUAUCGACAGAUAUCUUUGAAUUAUGAAGGAUUUCAAUAUUUGAGAGAAAAUUCAAAUUUAGAAAGGUAUUGUUUGGAUUUAAAACAAAAUAAAACAAAUUGUGUUAAUCUAGCGGAGACGAAAUAUAUUAAAGAAAUUUUAUGGGCUUUGGCACAUGUAGCAAGCACAGAUAGUGGUUAUCAGUGGUUCAUAGAGAAAGAUUUGAUACCAGAUUUUUUAAGAUUUGCAGAAGAAUGUCAAAAUUUAUCUGUUAGGGGAACCGCAUUUUAUGCAAUUAGUUUAAUUGCUUUAACACCUGAUGGUGCUAUAACAUUAAAAAACUAUGGUUGGGAAACAUAUCGCGUACGAUCUCAUUCUCUCCCAUUAAAUAACGCUUUAACUGAUAGUUCUCUACGUCGAAUGUCCACAAGACUUAUCACAGUCCCAUCACCAUUAAUCCCUGAAACACUUAGAAGUCUUUCUUUGCAAAUCACCUCGCCUUCAACUUUAACAAACUCCACAUCGUCUUCAACAUCAACACUGAGUUCUAAACGACCAUCUAUAUCUAUCGAAAUACCGGCAUAUCCAGCUGAUUUCCUUUCACCUUCUACAUCAACACUAACAGAUGACGCAUGUCUCGAUAGUUUGGAGAUUAAAUCAAAAAGAUCAAACACUGUACCAUCAACGAUUCUAUUGAAUACAACAAGUGAAAAAAUCAGCGUGAGACAUGUCGCUAUUGCUGAAGAAUCAAGUGUACCUCCAUCUCCAGUAACAGGACAUCUACCAUUGCUAAUGGAUUCAAACGCAGUUGUUUGUUUCAAUGAUAUGCAGGAUUCGGAUUCCAAUAAUCAAACACGGGUUGUUGUUCCAAUGCGUCGUUGUCACAGUAUGGCUCGUGAAAUGUAUACAAUGUCACCAUAUACACAUCGAGAUAGUGGCAUCUAUAGUACAGGAACUGGUGGUACAACAACCACGAAUGGUACUGGAUCAAUUUCAAUACCAUUUGAUGAUAUUGAUUUUUCGAGAAGUCCAUCUUAUGCACCAUAUCAAACUGUACCGUCCAUUCAAACACAAGCAUCAGAGUGCUUACCAUUAGAACGAUUCAGACCGCGAACACUGAAAGCACCAACAACUGCUGGAAAUACAGAAUCCGCCCAUACCGAUGAAUUAUUUCGUUCUCGUUUGUUACGUUGUAAUUUUCUAUUAAAACCGGAUGCAGCCGGAUAUGAAUACGUAAGAUAUGUUCAAAAAGUUAGCCAUAGUACAUAUUCUCAAAUAACAAAAACUAAAGAAAUCAAACCAACAACAACAAAAGAUACAUUUACUAUGAGACAACGAAUAAAUUCUUUAUCAAUAACUGCCGAUGGUUCAUCAUUUUCAGCAGGAAAUUAUGAUGUUACUCAAAUGCCAAUUUUACAUACUCAUCAUCAAUUUUCAUCACCAUUUUUCAAACGAAUAUAUGAACAUGCAGAACAAACAGACUCAAAUGAAAACAGUAAAUUCAAAUAUUCUGAAUUACGAGAUAUGGAUGAUGCCGACGAAGAUGAUAGUACAUGUUAUCGAGGAUUGGCUGUUCCGGUUGACAUUCGGCAAGUAGUAGAGAUCUCAGAUGGUUACAAUUUACCGAUGGAUACUUGGACAGAUUUAGUUCGUUCACGGACAAACACAAAUGCUGAAUUCAAUCGAUCUCGUAGUAGUACAAAUGUCACAAAUAAUUCAAAUAGUUCAGGAGAAUUUGCUCCUAUCACAUCGAUACCAAUGACUGAUCAUAGUUCACGUGUAUGUAUGAUGUGUACAAAUUCGCCACAUGAUGAUCCUAAUAUCUCGACACAAUUUGGUUUUGAUGAGAUUAAAUCGUUAGCCAGUCGUAUGAUAGCUGGAAUUCACAUUGAAGAAGUUGAAAAGAAACUCUUGAGCUGGAAAGAAAGUCGUCCACUAAUAUUUGAUGAUGUUUGUCUCUAUUCAGAAAUUUGUCGAAUUUUAUCGUUAAGUUGUGUUAGAGUAACAGCACAACGAUUUUUACACGAUCUCUUCUCGGACUGUCAAUUUCAACAGUUUCGACAACGUCGUUUGCAUCAACAUUCCGACACAAUUGAAGAAAACGAUGAUGAGAUAUUAUUUAGUUAA